UAAUGAUUUGUAAAUGUGUUUAGUUUAGUAAUUUAUAAAAUAUAAUAUUUUUAUUGUAUCACUGAUUUAACUCUUCAUUUUUGAGAAAAUUGUGACUCAAAACUCAUAAAAUUUUUAUAAACAACAUGAUAAAAACGGUUUAGUAACUAUUAUUAUAAGAAAUGAGUGAUGUACUGAAAGAUCAGCAAGAGCGUUCACGUAAACGUAAACAACUCUUAGCACAAACAUUGGGGCUUAGCAGUGUUGAUGAACUAAAAUAUGUUUUAGGAACAGCUGAAGAAGCAUGUUCUUCAAGAACCAACAAAGACGAUGAUGAAGAUAAUAUAAUCGAAUCAGCAAAAAAAAAAUCUCAAUCUGAGAACUUAUUUUAUCGGGAUUCAUCUACUUUUCUUAAAGGUACACAAUCAUCAAAUCCUCACAAUGAUUACUGUCAACACUUUGUGGAUACAGGUCAAAGACCUCAAAAUUUUAUACGUGACGUUGGAUUAGCCGAUCGCUUCGAAGAAUAUCCUAAGUUAAGAGAAUUAAUUCGAUUAAAAGAUGAACUGAUAUCAGAAACUGCGACACCACCGAUGUAUUUAAAAACUGACGUUAAGCAGUUAGAUUUUAAAACAUUAGGUACAAAAUUUGAUGUUAUUUUGAUUGAACCGCCCUUAGAAGAGUAUGCUAGAGGAACACCAGCUGUAGCUGGAGGAUCACCAAGAAAUUUUUGGUCAUGGGAAGAAAUUUUAAAUUUGGAUAUUGGCGAAGCGGCAGCACAUCGAAGUUUCGUGUUCUUGUGGUGUGGAAGUUCAGAAGGUUUGGAUAUGGGCAGAAAUUGUCUAAAGAAGUGGGGCUUUCGUCGUUGUGAAGAUAUUUGUUGGAUACGAACCAAUAUUAAUAAACCCGGACACUCAAAAAUUCUUGAACCUAAAGCAGUCUUUCAACGUACAAAAGAGCAUUGCCUUAUGGGUAUAAAAGGAACUGUAAGGAGAUCAACAGAUGGUGAUUUUAUACAUGCUAAUGUAGAUAUUGAUUUAAUAAUAUCAGAAGAAGAAGAAUUUGGAAGUUUUGAAAAGCCAAUAGAAAUUUUUCAUAUCAUUGAACAUUUUUGCUUGGGUAGACGACGUCUGCAUUUAUUUGGAAGAGAUUCUAGUAUACGUCCGGGGUGGUUGACUGUAUCGAACGAAGUAGCAAAUUCGAAUUUUAAUGCUGAAUUAUAUGCUAGUUAUUUCUCUGAGUCAACUACGACUGGUUGCACUAGUAGAAUCGAAGCAUUGAGACCUAAAUCUCCUCCAGCAAAUGGUAAGGUAAUAAGGGGCAGAGGAAGGGGAUUUACAAGAGGAACUUCAAGAGGUGGUCGACCACCAACAAGAUAGGAAUUGAUGAAUUUUGACUGGUCAGUUUUUUCGUUUUUUUUUAAUUUUUACAAAAAUUUUAAUAUUUUUUUAAUACAAGACGAAAAAAAGAGUAAUAACAAAAAUUCUUAUAUUAAAAAUAAAUUAUGACAA